CCUCAUAGUGUAGAAUCGCUAUGCACCAUGUGGAUUCGUGUCGUGGUCAAAACGGCCUCUGUUGCGUUGAUUUGUCCGGCGCAGUGUCCAGACCGAGAUUGCUUAGGACCUACUCAUGGCCUCGCUUGCUUUGAUUUGUCCUGCGCAAUGUUCGGACUGAGGUUACCAGGAAUUUAUCCACGGCCCCGUAUAAAGCGGCAUGUCGCGCCGACCGAGUAAUACUGCUCUUCAUCCAUACACAGCCAAACAUGCCACCCAAACAGUUCUACCUGCUGGGAGAGCCCAGUAGCACUGCUAGGGAAAUUGAAGUGGACUCAACGCUAGAUUUCGCUGGGCUCCAGCAUCUCGUUGCCGCACAUUUUGCUAUCGUUAAUCCCCAUGGUAUUGGACUACAGACUGAGGAUGCUAUUCUGUAUGAUGUGCCCGAUGUCCUCUCAUCUGAAGAACUCAUUCGCAUCACCAUUGAUGGAAACCCGGUCAGGGAAAUCCCUGGACCAAAGGGCGUGCCGAUUAUUGGAAACUUCUUCCAGGUUUUCCCAGAUCACCUUGGAAAUCAUAUGAGAAUGUUUGAGCAAUAUGGCCCAAUCUUCAAGACGAAUAGCAUGGGGCGUGUCACAUAUCACACGAAUGAUCCCGAAUUGAACGCAAUCAUCUUCGCUGAAAGUGACUUCUUCACGAAAAAGAUCAAUGAGGCACACCCUCUUUAUCCGAUCAGAAAUAAAGAGGCUGGGGUCUUCCUCGGUGACAGCGAUACCCCAGAGUGGAGGACAGCCCACAAAUUUCUCCCGCCAGCUUUUGGGCCAAAGGCAGUGCGCCAUUAUGCUCCGACAAUGCAGCAAACAGUCGAGGAUAGUUUUAAAGUUUUCGAUGCUCUAGACGAAGCGGAAGAGGCAUUUAAUGUGUACCAGUACAUGUUGAAGCUAGGCUCGCAGGCAGUAGGCAAGUUGGUGUUGGGUAUUGAUUUCCAGCACUUCACCUCUGUUAAUGCUCCUCCCCACGAAUUAAUCCUCCUGAUUGCUGAAUCCCUUGAACUCAACAAGAAAGUGAGUGCCCGGGGCGAUUGGUACUCGAAGCUGCCUUUCGGAGACCCCAAGCGCCUGAAAGAUCUCAGAGGCCGCGUGUUCGAGCUCAUUGACGAAUCCAUUCAAAAUGCUAGCCGUGGUGGGGUUCAUGAUCUCCCGCUGCAAGAGGCUGCCCUUCAAGCGGAUAACGUGAUUGACUACGUGAUCCGUGCAACUGACAACAAAGGCAACAAGUUACCCAAGACAAGUCUUAUGGAGUCCCUGGUAGUAGCCACCGGUGCUGGGUUCACCACCACUAGCUCUCUGCUGUCAUGGUUGAUUUACAGCCUAGUCACCUAUGACGGUAUGCAAGAAAGAUUACUCCAGGAGCUCGUCGACAACGACAUUACCGAAGACACACAGCUUACCGCAGAAAUCACUGAUCGUCUCGCAUUCAUGGACAAGUUCAUCAAAGAAUGCCAGAGAAGACACAAUCCAUCAUUCCAACCUGCGAGAACAGCUAAAGUCGAUAUGAUCUUGCCCGGAGGGUAUAAAUUACCGGCUGAGGCUGUUGUCGUGGGAGCACUUCAUCAUUUACACAUGAAUCCCAAGGCAUGGAGUAAUCCCAAUCGCUUCGAUCCUGAUCGUUGGGAUACAGACGAGGUUAAAAACAGGCACAAGACCUCGUACAUCCCCUUUGCGACGGGGCCUCGGAUGUGCAUUGGCUUCAACUUCGCCCUCCAGGAAGUGAAAAUCUUUCUGCCGAAGCUGCUGUAUCGUUAUAAGUUCACAAAGGAGAACGAUGCUGAAAUCGAAUACGAUCCGAUGUUCCAACUCAUCAGACCGAACAAUCUGUACGUGAGGGCCGAGCGAAGGGUGAAAUGGCCUCCAAAGACAGACUUCAAGCCCGCGGCUUCAUUAUAGUGCUUUUCUGUCUGAUAUUCUUGUAUAUAUUACAUUUAAUGGCGUGCCUGAGAGGCGUGAAGACAUGACUAUCUUGAAAAGACUAUCUACGCAC